CCGAGCGAUUAUACAGGUACUUUGUGUGCAGUAUGUGCACAUUUACUGGCCAGCUUCCAGCAGUUAUCGACUGUAAAUUCCACUUUUCUUCAAUGUCAUGGUUGUGGUGAUAUCUUUGUUGCAUCUGGCUAUCACCUUCAUCAAUUCAGAAGUGGGCAUCGGGUGUUGAGGCACCACCAAGAGCAAUGGAUCAAGAUCAGGGGUCCACCGUGACCCCAUCAGGUUCUGGAAAUGGAGACAAAGAUGACUCUGUUCCAAUUACACAGGGUCUCCAGCUACUAGCAAAACUGGCUUCUCCCACAGUUGUAUCCCAGACUGAAGUUGCAUCUGCAUCUACCAGUGCUCCUGUUCUUGUGACGUCACCUGGAGCCUCAAGUGGAUCUGUUAGUCCAAGGGGUCAAAACAAGGUCACUAUCGGCGUCCAGCAAGUUUCUAACAUGCUUCAGGGGAAGACUGUGAAGCAAGGAGCACAGACCUUUUAUAUUACUACACCAGCAUCAUCAGGGAAUGUUGGAAAACCUGUGCAGCUGCAGACGUCAUCUGCUGGCAAACCAUACUUGAUUCAGACCAGUGGAGGAUUGGUUACCCAAUCUGGACAGAAGGUUAUACUAACCAGCAGGAAUGUACAGCAGCCAUCUUCUAAUGUGGGAGCUUCUAUCCUUUCCACUGUUCCCAACACUACCACAGUACAAGCGACAGGAAAACCCGUCAUGGUGACCCAGCAAAAUCAGCCGCAGAUUAAAUUUGUGACAAAGACCAGUCCAACGCAGCAGCCAAACACGUCACAGCCAAUGAAAGUUCAGCUGCGCCUCAAAGACAACACUAUUCUGCAGAAACUGCAACAAUCUGGUCAGGUGUUGACUUUGGGAGCUCAAGGAAAGUCGGGUGAUGGAAAACAGCAGCCCAUUCGUCUUGUGUUACCAGGUUCCUCUGCAGGCAGUACCAACACAGGACAAAUCCAGCUGGUCCAAACCCAGCAGGGCUUGCACAAAGUGAUCACAUUGCAACAACCGCAGCAGGCACAAGCACAGCCACAGCAGACAGUCCAACUUCCCCAGCAGCAGAACAAGUCACCUGUUCAGUUUGCUGUCGUACAACAACCAGGAGCAGGAGGUACGGGAACACGUCUGGUGGUGGUUUCCCAACCAAGCUCAUCAAGUACUACCACCACGGUUCCAGGUAGUCCUGCAAGGAAGUCAUCCUUGAUUUCCCAGCCUGGCACCAUCCGUAUUGUAUUACCCCCUCAGUCGCAAGUCGGUGAUGCAUCCAAGACCACAGAUGGUAAGGCACCAACCACUCUUUCUGCACAAAAUAUAUACCAGAUCUUAGCAAACCAAAAAGUGCAGAUUCCUCGGGUAUCUAACGUGAGCACACUAAAUCAGGGCCAAGUCAAGCUUAUACAAAGUAGUGGAGGGAAUACUGUAAGAACCUCACAAGGACAGACAUGUAUCAUAGUUCCCUCUACUGCUUCCAGUACUGGUGGAAAGUCUAUAUCAAUUGCCUCUCCAAAAUCGCCUGGUUCUUCAAACGUACCUUCUAUCAAUAGGAUUUCUCCGAUAAGACAAGGAAACACAGUGGUCCAUAUUGUAUCGGGAGCUGGUGGCCAGCAGAUCGCCACUGUGGUGAACUCAACAGCCGGUACCACCAAUAUGCAGCCCAAGCCUGGAGUGCAAACAAUGCGUGUCACCUCACCAAAGACAUUGUCCCUUUCUCCCAGAGGUCAAGGUGCUGCGGUCAAGCUUUUUACUACCAUCACCACCACUGCUGCAGGGAGUAUCAAGCAUUUGACCAGCGCUGGUCAAACGGUCACCUCCAAAGUCAUUUCGAUGGCACCAACGUUCACAACCCAAUCCCUAUCGACCGUGUCAACCACCAGUCCCCAGAAGAUCACCAUCAACAAGAAGGUGAUCAGCUUUGCAUCAGUCCUUCCCAAGACAGGAGUCGCCAGUGAGAAGACUGACAACACUGUGACUGUGACUACUGUACCUGGAGUAGCAUCGACGUCGGGCGCUGGCACCAGUUCACACCAGCAGAAAUUGGUGAAGAUCCUGCCCACCAAGGCCGGCCAGAAACCAACUCAGCUGGUCAUUCUUGUCAACCAGACAGCUGCUAACAUUGGAGAGGAGGUCAAAGAGAUAGGGGAAGAGUUGAACAAACUUCAGAACCAGCCGAAGACCCAAGAAACGGUAGAUAAGCUCAAGCAGUUGCAGGCCAGGCUCCAAAAACUACAAAUGGCUGCACAGUUGUCUGCCAAGGCCAAGAACGCUGAUUUGGAUGAGCCUCUCCCCACCAAUGAGAAGGAGCGGAAGAAGAUCAUUAAACAACGAAAGCUGCAAGAAAAGGCCAAUCGUAUCAUCGCUGAAGCCGUAGCCAAGGCCAGGGCUGCUGGAAAGAUAGACAUUCCAAAGGUCUUGCUCGACAAUGAAGAGAUUUCCGCCGAGCUCAUUAGCGAGCUGGAGUUGGAGGCGGAAACAAAGAAGAAGAAAAAGGACAAGAAGGACCGCUCCAGAUCCAAGAAAUCUUCCAAGCGUUCCAAAGACAACAGAGAUAGGGAGAAGAAGAUGUUCACAAUCAAGAAGAAGUCCUCUCAUAGCAGUCCAAGUAGCAGUCAUAGCAGUAGUAUCAUCAAAUACGACAGGAAGCUACCAGCGGCAGCCAUCCUGAAGCUGAAGCGUCAGAAGCGCAAGCAUGGUGAGUUCAGUGGUGAGAGCUCAGACCUGGAUGAAACACCGCCUCCCUCACCUCCACCAGAUGAACUCACUGGACCGGGCAUAGAGAAACGACGAUCUGGUCGUAACACCAACCGCAAGCGAUACACAGAGGACUACGAUUUUAACAUCACUUCCAACGAUGACUCCUCGUCCGAUGAGGAAAAGGACAAGAAGAAGAAAGCCAAGAGUGACUGCAAGGUCCCCGUGGCACCAAGGGUGAUCAAGAUGAAAGUCAAGGCAGACAAGAAACAGGAAGAAGACGUCGAUGUGGAGGGCAACUCUGAGAUUGAUGUGGUGUCUUUCGAGCCAACGGAAACGGCAAAGUUCUUUGUGGAUAACCCUGACGAGUCCCAGGCCAAUGUGGUUGAGAAGAUCCUGGCUUCCAGGAUCACAGAGAAACCCCAGAUACCGGGUGAAGCUCAGGUUGGCGAGAUUGAGGAAUACUUUGUCAAGUACAGGAACUUUUCAUACCUACACUGUGAAUGGGCUACCAUUGAGACGUUAUCAGCUGAUCCUAGAAUAUUUCAGAAGAUCAAACGCUUCAGGCUCAAGCAACAGGCAAAUUAUGGUCUUGUGUCAGAGUUUGAUGAGGGCGAGUACUUCAACCCUGACUUCAUCGUGGUGGACCGCAUCCUGGACAAGGCCAUCACCAAGGACGAGGACUCGGACGAGAUGGUGACCCACUACCUGGUGAAGUGGGCCAGUCUCCCUUACGAGGAGAGCACCUGGGAGCUGGCCAACGAUGUGGACAAGGGCAAAAAGAAGAGCUAUGAGAAGUGCAGCAAACUACCUUCCAAAUCGGAGAGACAGCGCAAGCCUAGGCCUGUCAAGAGUGAGUGGAACAAGCUGAGUAAGACGCCCAAGUACAAGGAUGACAAUGUCCUGCGUGAAUACCAGUUAGAAGGCGUCAACUGGCUCACCUACAGCUGGUGUAAUGGCCAGAGCUGCAUCCUGGCCGACGAGAUGGGGCUGGGCAAGACCAUCCAGACCAUAGGCUUCCUCCACGAGGUCGAGAAGACCGGCAUUCCUGGUCCAUUCCUGGUCCUGGCCCCGCUCUCUACCAUCGUCAACUGGCAGCGCGAGGUGGAGUCCUGGACCGACAUGAACUGCGUAGUCUACCACGGGGGCUCCCAGAGCAGGCACAUGAUUGCAGAGUACGAGAUGUUCUUCAGGGAUGCUUCGGGCGUGAAGAUCCCAAACAUCUACAAGUUCCAGAUCCUGAUCACCACUUACGAGAUCCUCCUGGCAGACUGUCAGGAGCUGAGCGAGAUUGAAUGGAGGAUCCUAGUCAUCGACGAGGCUCACCGACUCAAGAACAGGAACUGCAAGUUGCUAGAGGGUCUCAAGAUCCUGGAUAUGGAGCACCGUGUCCUCUUGACGGGUACUCCACUCCAGAACAACGUGGACGAGCUGUUCAGCCUGCUCAACUUCCUGGAGCCUGGCAGGUUCCGCUCCAGCGUACAGUUCCUUGAAGACUUUGGGGACCUCAAGACGGAGGGGCAGGUGGAGAAACUACAACAGCUCCUCAGACCCAUGAUGCUUAGACGUCUGAAGGAAGACGUAGAGAAGAAUCUGGCUCCUAAGGAAGAGACCAUCAUUGAGGUUGAAAUGACGAGCAUUCAGAAACGUUACUACCGAGCCAUCUUGGAGAAGAACUUCAGCUUCUUGACUAAAGGGGCGGGGUCCACUUCGAACCUGCCCAACCUCAUGAAUACGAUGAUGGAGCUGAGGAAGUGCUGUAAUCACCCCUUCCUCAUCAAUGGCGGUGAGGAACAGAUCGUGAAGGAGUUCCGAUUGGCUGAACGUAUGUCUGACGAAACCAUCAUCAGCGUGUGUGUGAACCCCCUACUCCACCUGAAGGUGCUGAUCCAGUCUGCCGGUAAGAUGGUUCUCCUGGACAAACUGUUGCCGAAGCUCAAGGAAGGUGGCCACAAGGUGCUGAUCUUCUCCCAGAUGAUCCGCUGUCUGGACAUCCUGGAAGACUACCUCAUCCAGAAAAGGUAUCUCUUUGAGAGGAUCGACGGCAGAGUAAGAGGCAACAUGAGACAAGCUGCUAUCGACAGAUUCAGUAAACCAGACUCUGAUCGCUUUGUGUUCCUACUGUGCACCCGAGCUGGUGGUCUAGGAAUCAACCUGACAGCGGCCGAUACCUGCAUCAUCUUCGACUCGGACUGGAAUCCCCAGAAUGAUAUCCAGGCUCAAGCUCGAUGCCAUCGUAUUGGCCAGCAGAAAGCCGUCAAGGUGUAUCGUCUCAUCACAAGGAACUCCUACGAGAGGGAGAUGUUUGAUAAGGCCAGUAAGAAGCUUGGUCUAGACAAGGCCGUCCUCCAGUCCAUGCGGAACACAGAUAAAGAAGCCGCAGCGUACAACCCACAGCAGCAGGCUCUGUCCAAGAAGGAGAUUGAGGACCUGCUGAGACGGGGAGCUUACGGCGCCAUCAUGGACGACGAUGAGAUGUCAUCCCAGUUCUGCGCUGAGGACAUUGACAUGAUCCUGCAGAGGCGUACCCAGGUCAUCAAGCACAAGCCCGGCGAGAAGGGCUCAUCUUUCGCCAAGGCAAGCUUCACGACGGAUUCUGACCACACCGACAUCAAGAUCGAUGACCCUGACUUCUGGCACAAGUGGGCAAAGAGAGCAGACAUUGAUCCUGACACGGGCAAGGAGGACUUUCUGAUCCACCUCCCUCGCCAGCGGACCAAGACCAAGCGCUUUGGCGACAUGGACGAGAUCCUGGACCUGACCUCUGACGAGAGCGAUGACGAUCAUCCUACCGCCAAACCUCCGGCGACGACCACCACCGGCAAGAAGACCAAGGAGAAGAGGGAGCCCUCGCAGAGACCGCCCAAGAAGCAGAUGCCCUGUGGCUGGACGCGUCUGGAGUGCUUCAGGGUGGAGAAGGGCUUGUUGACAUUCGGAUGGGGCCGAUGGGAUGACAUCCUUGCAACCACAAGGUUCAAGAGAAGACUCUGUGAGAAGGAUGUGGAAUCCAUUGCCAGAACCAUGUUGAUGUACUGCCUUCAGCAUUACAAGGGUGAUGAGAACAUCAAGAGUUUCAUCUGGGACCUGGUCACUCCCGCUCCUGAUGGAACGGUCAAAGACUGCAGGAAUCACAAAGGACUCUCUGCACCGGUCCCAAGGGGUAGAAAGGGUAAGAAACCCAAGAGGGAGCCCCAGGCAGCGCACAUCAGCUACGACAUCACAGCCAAGGAACACAACCUGGACAACCUGCUGCAUGACCAGGGCUACAAGAACCACCUCAAGAGACACUGCAACAAGGUACUACUGCGUGUCCGUCUACUGUACUACCUGAAGCAAGAGGUCAUUGGCAAGUUUGCUGAGGAGAUUGAGAACAUGGUUCAUGCUAAAAUGCUGCCGGUAGAAGUGCCUUGUCCAGAGGGUGAUGCCCCCGUGGGCUGGUGGGAUCGGGAAGCUGACCACUCAUUGCUGAUUGGAGUAUAUAAACAUGGUUAUGAGAAGUACCCAGGAAUCCGUCUGGAUCCCUGCCUGUGCUUCAGGGAGAGAUGUGGGGUGCCGGACCACAGAGAGAUCAUGGCUGCCCAGGCCAAGGAGUAUGAAGACUUCAAUGAAAGUCAGCUUGAUGUGGAAGGAGGAGACUUGGAUGGAGAUGAUGGAGAAGGUGAUGACCUAGGAGAUGAAGAAGGAGGCGGAGGAGGAGGAGGCAAGGAGGAAGGUAUGGAGAUUGCUCCAUCAGCCAUACCCAAGCAUCUCAAGGAAGACCCUGAUGAUGACUCGAUAUCACCAGCAAGUACACGACCCUCGUCACCCAACUCCAGCGGGAAGACGGUACCAAAGCUCAAGAUACAUGUCAACUCCAUCAUCAUACCAACUGCUGUGCCCGGCAAACUACUGUUCCCCACAGCACCCGAUCUGAACACCAGGCUGCGUAGACUGGUGGCGGCCUACCAGAGAGAGCAUAAGAAAAGACAGCUCAAAGAACAGAAGAGAGAAAAGAAAGAGCAGGUCAAGAUGGUGAGGAUGCAGGAACAGAUGCGCCAGAGAGAGCUACGAAAGAUUGAAAAUGCUCAAAAGUGGUCGAGACGAGAGGAGGCGGACUUCUACCGCAUCCUGACCGCCUUCGGGGUAGACAAGGACCAGGAGACGGGCAAGUGCCGCUGGGAGCGCUUCAAGCACCUGGCCAAGCUGGACAGGAAGUACGAAGACAGGAUGACCGAGUUCUACCAGCACUACUACGCCAUGUGCCUCAGGGUGUGCAAGAGAGCUGAAGAGAUACCAGAGGGAUAUGGUGCCACGCCUCUCCCUGACAACUUCACCAUCGAGGACAUCACGGAGGAGAGGGCCAGCAAGUGCCUCUCCCGCAUCGACCUCCUCAACAAGAUCCGCACCCAGAUCCUACCCCAUCCUGACCUGGAUGAGAGGCUCACCAAGUGUCGGCCCAGCAUGGAGCUACCCGAUUGGUGGGAGCUCGGUCGCCACGACAAGGACCUCAUCCUCGGCGUCUGCAGGUAUGGCAUCAACAGGCAGGAAUCCCAGCAUGCCAUGAUGAACGAUGAAGAGCUGUGCUUCAAGGAGCUCAAGGAGAAGUUCCCCGAGGCAGCCGCAGCCAUACCCGUCCCUGUCCCUGUCACCAGCACCUCCCCAGGCUCAGCACCGGGUCCCUUCCAGAGGAGACCCGGUCUCAAGAAACCUGGCCCUAAGAAGGGCGUGCCCAGGAAGAAGAAACCACCUCCGGGAGGUGACCCCAACAAGCCCUCUGCUGCUCCUCCUGCAGGAGUGGAGGGCACCACUCAUCAGGGAUGUGAAGAAGGGAAAGUGGGUUUGGACAAUGGGGACUCUGCGCCGCCUCAGGCUGCACAGAGUCCAAUGAGGUUUGGAGAGGGGGGUGAUGAUGAAAGGACUAAAGGGGACGAGGUGGAAGGAAUGGAGGACACCAUCGACGGGGGUGCCAUGGAAGCAGCAAUGGAUUCCUUGAUGGAUUCCUCAAAGCUCGGGAUCAAGGAGGAGGAGCUUGAAUCACGACCAGACAGUGCAGACAUGAGUCAGGACGCCAACAGUAUCAACGAUGACCUGGACGAGGGCCUCGGAUCUGGCGAUGACGACAACGAAGACGAGGACGAGCAAAACAAGAUGGAUGAACAUUCACAGGCUGUCACCGAGCAGGAAAUUAUACCUCCUCCGUACGACAGCCUGGACAAUAUGAGCAAAAUCUCAGGGAUCGAUGAAGAAACGUCAAACUUGUUUGCAGUGAAAACAGAGAGCAUGGAUGAGGACUAUGAAGCGAAAGAGCACUUGACAAAGAUGGAGGUGAAUUAUGAGAACUUGUCGGAUGAUAACAGCAACUUGGGUGAUAGUGAGCAGCCGAUGGACGUGAAGCCACCUCUGUCCAUGCUCCAGGAGUUUCUCCUGAAAGGUGGUGACGAGAAUCACCUUGCCAUGGUGAAACAGGAGAGUAAAGGAGGCAAGGUGAAGCCGGAAGGGAAGAAUGCCAAAUCUAGCAGUACUAAGAAGAAGGACAGCGUACCCAAAGUGGUCGUCCCGACAUUCAGAUGGCCAAAGGAUCGUGUGAUUGUCCACAGACUGGAGCAGCUGAGCCACCUGGUGUUGAAGGACGAGUGGCCGGGGCGCAGGCACCACCACCACCCCGCCCUCACCGAGCCGCCUUACGAUGACACCGACUCCCCUGGCCCUAGGGGAGGAUUGGAGCACAACUAUGCAGGCGGGAUGAGCUCCGGUCGCAAGAGAUCCGCACCAGUACUGAAUCCUGAUGGUACCGUGAGGAAGAAGAAAAAGAAGAAGAAGCUCAUGUUGGAUGCACAAAGAGCUGCCCAAUUCGCCGCUCUGAUGCGCCAGAACCAAGCCAUGAUGGCCGCCUUCACAUCAGGGAGCGCCCUACCCGGAUCCACGGGGGAGGACCCCUCCUCGGCCAUCGCCGCCCUGGCCAACAACACCCCACCCCAGUCUACCUCCAUGCUCCCCCUCCCUCCCAACACCAACCCCUCCUCCUCCUCCAGCUAUCACAUCCACGACACAGUCUUCAAGGCGGUGCCGGACUUUGUGAGGGAAGGGCGUGGCCCUGCGGAGGGGCGGGUGGUGGGCGUGCUGGACCUGAGCGGGAAGGGGAUGGCCAAGAAGAAGAAGAAGAAGGUCAAGGUUCAUACCCUGAAGGUGGACGGCAAGCUGAUCAAGAUCAAGAAGCCAGUGUAUUUCUGUAUCUCCUCUUUUCAGGAUGAUUCAAACCCCCUCAAACCGAUGAAGAAAAAGAAGAAGAAGCACAAGCACAAGCUCGGUGGUGGAAGUGGCCAGUCUACUGAACAAACCACGUCUACUGCAGCUUCAGAAUCUCAGGAAUCUCAGGACGACGGAGCCACAGGCGCGGCGGCCGCACCCUCCUCCUCUCCCGGCGGCUCGACCACGCCCGUCAAGAAGAGGAAGCGCCUGAAGAACCCCAUCAGGCUGGACGAGGGUGCCAUCACCGGUGAGGAGAAGGUUGGGAUGAUCUCCAGGGAGUCUGGGAAGAGGCUGGCGGGCAAGCACUGCCCGUCCCUAGCCAACCUCUCUGACUGGCUUAUGAAGCAUCAAUCCUACAACGUGGCCAUGGAGUGGGCCAAUAUUGUCAAAUCUAAGGGUUACCUGAGAGAGGAGCUGAAGAACAGAGUAGCCACCAGCAAGUCUCGUCAUAUCCUGAUCAAGCCGAACAUUGCUCCCGCCCCCACCAAGCUUACGAUAGGAGGCCUCUCGGGGUCAAAGGUCACCACCCAAAUGUGUCAACGUCCUAUGGGUGGUAUCGGUUUCCCCGCUUCUUUCGCUGGGAUCGGGAUGGGGCAGAUCUCGUCUCCGACUGGGUUGACCGUCACCGCGUCUGGGCUUACGGUGCCCUCGGCCGACGUUUCUAACGCCUCGUCGCCCAAGAAAAAGAAGAAGAAGACGAGUUCCAGCCCCGCUGGCAUUAAGAAAAACAUCUUGCCAAGGACUAUCACGGUGGAUCCUCUUGCUGCGAGCCAGAUGGCAGGUAUAUCCCCGUUCCUUCUACCAAACACGGGCAACGUUUUCUUCUCGCCGUUUCUAGCUCAGCAGGGCGUGCUUCAGGCCGCGGGUAACACCGUCACGAUCACGAGCCCCGGCUCUGCCUUGGCUUCGAACCAAGAGGGAAUGGCCCCUCCCACGCUACGAGUUAUCACGACGGACAAAAAGUCUCGAAAGAGAACUCACGCUGUAGCGGCCAGUCCCAAAGUCAUUGUCCAGAAUAAUGUUCAGGGAAAAGAUAGUGAUUCCAGUGAUGACGAUGAUGAUGGACAGCUUAUGAUCACAGAAAACGAUGACUUAUGACCUAUGUCUACCCCAUAAAUGAUUCCAGCAUUUGAAUUUUCAUUCUAGAUUCUGCUGAUAGAGAAAUAUGUGUGUAAAUCUGGAAGAUAUUAUGUGUGAUAUUUAUUUCGAUAAGUUCAUGUAGAAUUUUGAUAAUUCUGGACUUAAUACUAACUAACUUCUGGUGUCAAAUUAAAAGAAUACCGGUACUUUAGAUUGAUUUUUAAUAUCCUUGAAUCAACAUUCUUACUUCAAAGUUGGUGUUGAGCCUAGCUUAGUCAAUGCAUAUUUACAUCUUUCUUUUGGGCUGGAAUGGUCAAAGCAAUUAUCCCUAAGCAACUAGUUUCAUAUUAAGUGAUAUCCAUCGUAUUGUCACUUUGAGACGAUACAUGAUGCAAUUAAUUUGGAGUGUGACUGUUAAUGACCCAUUUGAAUUUGUUUGGUUUAUGAAUAUUUGUUGUGUGUGGUGACAUCUUGAAAUGCAAACUAUGACAAUUAAAUGGGGUUUAUUUUAGAUUUUCCCUAGAAAUGAUAAGUCAAUGAGUGAUAAAAAGCUAUGAUAAUUUUUCAUUUUUUUAUUGAUAUUAGCAACAUUGACGUCUUUUAUACAAAAAUAAAGCAAAGACAUGUAUUAGAUGUUGAAGAAAGAAAUAUGGAUGAACAACAGAAGAUGGUUGCUGAGAAACGGGUAAAGGAUUUAUUCCUUCAUAAGUGAAAGAAAAGUUUUGCAGCAUUGGGUACAAAUUAUUACUUUUUUUUCUUUUUUCUUUUUUCUUUUGUGAUGAAAAAGUGAACCAAUUAAAGACAACACAAACAUGAUAAGGAGGCGACUGUCUGACGAAUCAUAUGUUAACUUUAGGCCAAAUUUGCAUCCAAUUUUGUUGUGUGUAUGUACUCCUUCUUUUUUGUAAUUGUAUUCAUUUGCUGUCUUUAAACCUUCUGUCCCAAAUAUAUCAUUUUAAUAUGUGUGAUGUGCUGAUUAACGAGUAAGAUUGAAGUAAAAGAGAAGAUGAUAUUACACUUCUUACGUCCUUUACGUUUCCUUAUUGUCCUUUAACAAUCGCUUGCUGUGAAGUUCAUGCACUUUUGUUUGAGAUAGAUACUAAUCCAUUGCCAAAUCUAUUCCUUGUGGUCAUUUCCUCAAAACUUUAUAGAUAUUUAGGGUUUUAUUUUUUACUUUAAAGCAAUAAGAAUUCUGGUGCAAGAGAACAAAGAUGUGCACAGAAGUGAAACUAAUGGGUGUGAUGUAAGAAUCAAUUACUUGACAAAGGAAAGCGGGUAUUUGUAAAGCAGAGUUUCAUAAUGUAAAGACAGGAAUAAACGUCCUUCCGGUAGAAUGAAUUUAAGUUAAUUUUAUUGUAUUGAAAAAAAAUAUUUUUAAAGCUACUCGGAGUAGUGAAACUGUAUUUUUCAAAGAAAAAGGUAAAAUCAAGAAUUCUCUCCCAUGCAGGAGUUGAUCGUUCGGACUAGCACAAUGCAAAAAAUAAACAAAAGGCACGCUGGAAAUUUUUUUUACUUCUAAACCAUAUUAUUGUAGGAGGUGCUAUAUAUUCAAAUUCAUUACUUGAAAGGCUUUACUUUUAUCAGUGUAAAAUAAUUUCCCCAAUAUGGUUUAACACCUGAAUCUGAUUUAAACUUUUGUAAUUCAACAUUGCUAGGUAUGCGAAGAAAUAAGGACAUUACAUUUGACGAUUUAUGUGUAGUGUUGAUGGAAAUCACAGAAGAACCUUCUAUGAUUUUUCUGCAAAAUUGAGCUGCAAUAAACAAGUAAAACUGACAAAAGUG